CUGGGGGUUCAUCGUCGUCAUGGUGCUCGAAAGCAGGACAGCGAGGGGGCUCAAGCCCGAGCGCAUGGAGCCCCCUCCGAGCAUGUUCAAGUACCAGCUAGAGGGAGAUUCUAUCAGCGGGAGCUCGUAUUACGACCCCUACAGCGUGACGAUGGACAACAUGAGCGUCUUCAGUGCCGCGAGCAGCGUUGUCAACCCUCAGUCUGUCAGAGGGAUAGUACACAGGUUGUGGAACGACUUCGACAACCGCUUCAUGAGGGGUAUGUUCGGGGGCAAGCCCCACGACAAUACCAACAUCUUCGACGCGAACCCUUUCAACAGCGUCGCCACCAAUAGCGCAGGCGGCGGGAGCGGCGGCGGCGGCGGCGGCGGCGGAAGCGUCGGGGGUCCCGCGGCUGGGCAGACGGCAGGGGGGUUAGGGACCGCACCCUCCGGUCCGGGGGGGGUUGUUCCGGGAACGAUCCAGGGAGCGCUCCCGCAGUUCCACUUCAACUCCGCGCUCAGCCCUGCGGAGCACGGCGCCCUCCCCAGCUCUCCCGUUCGAAGGUGUGGUCGUGGCUCCGACAACAAGAGGGUACAGUCGACCCCGCUUUAA